AUGGCCGAUAAUCAAACCUAUACACCGUUAUUGGCCGAUGUGCUCGACCAUCAUAAUUCGUCGAUGGACGGCGAGGGGAUGGAGCGGUCGUGGCUUCGUCUCGUCUACUAUUCGUAUAUGCCGUUUUGCGUGGUCGUCGGGUUGACGGGGAAUUGUAUGGUUUGGGUUCUUAUCAGAAGCAAUCGCAUUUUAUCAAAACUGCCAACAAACGUGUACCUACUCUGCCUCGCUGCAGUAUCAUCCGUUUUCCUGAUAUCUCUUUUUGUCUUCUGGCUUGAGGAGGUGGCGUACUACUAUUUCCAUGAAAUUGUGCGGACACCACUCUUUCCAAACACAAAACUCUCCUGCAAGCUGAUGACGUUUAUCGCUCAUUAUUGCGACUUUUCGUCAGUAUGGCUGAUCGUGUUGGUGGGAUUCGAACGGCUCGUGCUCCUCCACCGUCGGUGUCGCUCCUUAUCGAUUGAAAGGGCGCGUGGACAAAUUAUUGGGCUGCUGGUGGCCCUCUUCAUUUGCAACUCGUGGAUCCUUAUGAUAGCCGACGUAAAUCAAGAAAAGGAAUGUGAUAUCGAUUCUAGCUACGAAUAUAUCUAUGAUUUAAUGACUUAUAUUGAGACGGUAUUCUGCAUGGCACUCCCAUCAAUCAUCAUAAUUGUUUCGAACGUGCUGGUCGUCCUAAAGCUACGAUCGCAUCUAAAGCGGAUACCGUCCUCCCCAACGGUUUCUUUCCACACCGGUGAUGUCAUCUCGACGACAAGUGUUGUUCAAAAAUCCUACACCCGUUUGAGCACGAGAUUUUCCGUGGAAACCGAAAAGCCAAAGAAGAAGGAAAAAUCGCUAAGGUACACCGAUUUACAAUUGACGCGUUCAUUGCUCGUCGUCACAUGGGCAUUUAUCAUCCUAAACUUGCCAAACUAUGUCUACCGUAUUCUAACUACCCUGUGGCCACACGUUUUCGAAGGCGACGAAGGGGAACAAAUCCUUAAUUAUCUAAAACUAUGUGGUCACAUGUUCCUCUACACACAUCACGGCUUCUUGUUCUAUUUAUAUAUAUUUUAUUCUCCCCAGAUGAAGCGGCGCCUGAAGCCGACUGCUCUCAAGUUGCUUGAAUGCUACUGUUUGAAGCCGAUUUCUGAAUAUUCCGAGCAUACG